AUGGAAACAAACUUGCUCUUCCUACUAACAGUCGGGCUCCUGCUCCUACACUCCCAAAUCCGCAGCUCAGCCACGACCAUAACGAACAUAGAAACCGACAAAGCCGCUCUCGUCGCAUUAAAAUCCCAGCUGCUUCAACUGAACCAUUCUCAUAUUCUCUUCAAAAACUGGUCCAACUCGGCCCCCGUCUGCAGCUGGGCGGGAGUCACUUGCAGCUCUCAACCCCAGCGAGUUGUGAGCCUCAACAUCUCCAAGAUGGGCCUAACGGGCCCUUUAGUCCCCCAUUUGGGAAACCUCACCUUCCUUGAAUCACUCAACUUGUUCGCAAACAAAUUCCAAGGCCCCGUGCCUUCCGAGUUUGCUCAGCUAACCCAGUUGAAGGAAGUGGACAUGGGCUCCAACUCGCUAGGGGGUCAAAUCCCCCAUUGGCUCGGCUCGUUCACCAGGCUUCAAGUGUUGUACCUCGACCACAACUCUUUCGAAGGCCUCAUCCCGCCUUCUCUGGGCCACGCGUCAAAUCUCGAGGACUUAGACGUAUCCAUGAAUUCUCUGCAAGGUGAAAUACCACAAGAGAUUGGGAAUCUUCGUAACUUGAAACACUUGGGCUUACGAGGAAACGAGUUAAAUGGUUCCAUACCAUUUGCGUCCUUCAACUUUCCAGAAAUGGAAAGUCUUGAUCUGACGGAUAACGUUUUAUCGGGAAAUCUUCCUGCUGACAUGUGCGCUGGUCUUCCCAAACUUGAGGUGCUUUAUCUAACGAAUAAUUCGUUGAACGGGCGUAUACCGCCAAACGUGUCCGAGUGUUCACGACUUCGCUCCGUUUAUCUAUCCUUCAACAAGUUGAGCGGCUUCAUACCGAGCGAGAUGGGGAAGCUAACCAUGCUUGAGGAACUAUAUCUUGGGACCAACGAUUUGACAGGGACAAUUCCUGAAGAAAUAGGUAACUUAACUGUUCUCAAGCAACUAGGCAUGUCGGAGAACAAAUUGACAGGCUCGUUGCCACAAGUCUUUAACAUCUCUUCACUGCAAGUUUUGGAUGUUACAUGGAACAAACUAUCAGGGAUUCUCCCAGCCGAUAUGUGCUCUCAUCUUAGACAACUUGAAGAGUUUUACUUGAAUCACAAUGAGGUAUAUGGCCUCAUACCAACACAAAUUCAUGAGUGCUCCGCCCUUCGAUCUCUCGAAUUGUCUUUCAACAAACUGCACGGUACCAUACCACCAAACCUAGGGAAUUUAACUCUACUGGAGACGUUGACUUUUUCUGGGAAUAACUUGACAGGUGAAAUCCCAAAAGAAGUUGGCCAUCUCAACAAUCUCAAAGGCCUUUACUUAUCAGGGAAUAGGCUUACUGGUCCAAUUCCAGAAAGCCUACUAAAUAUCUCGACACUAGAAACACUCACUCUCUCGAAAAAUCAACUAACUGGCAACGUCCCGUCAAAUUUGGGUUACCAGCUUCCUAACCUCCAACUCCUCGAAAUUUCUGAAAACCUUUUGACAAGUGAAUCUUGGGAAUUGAGCUUCAUAACCUCACUGACAAAUUGUAGAGGUCUAUGGAAACUGGUAGUGAAUGGCAAUCCUCUCAACGGCAUGCUCCCGGCUUCCGUGGGAAACUUCUCAACUUCCCUCCAAUAUUUUGGUAUCAAUACGUGUAACCUCAGGGGCGGAAUCCCGGAUACAAUCGGCAACCUGAGCAGCUUAACGGUGCUCGAUCCUUCUGUGAAUCAAUUUGAAGGAUUAAUUCCAGAAAGUUUGGAGAAUUUGCAAAGCCUUCAGGGACUUGACCUGUCUAGUAACAAAAUGAGUGGUCCCAUCCCAAACGCCAUAUGCAGGUUAGGCCGUUUGAAUCAACUGUAUUUAUACAACAAUCAAUUUUCCGGGCCGAUUCCAGAUUGCAUUGAGAACAUUACUGCUCUGGGAGAACUUCGUUUGGAUUCCAACAAACUGGACUCCAGCGUGCCAUCGAGUUUGUGGAAUCUCAGGGACCUUCUCAAGCUGAACCUGUCCUCAAACUCCUUUGUCGGCCCCUUGAUGCCGCAGAUGGCAAAUUUAAAAGCCGUCACGCAAAUCGACCUGUCUUUGAAUCGAUUCUCGGGCGUAAUUCCAUCAGGAAUCGAAAAACUGCUAACUUUGAGCUUUCUAAACCUUUCGUAUAACGAUUUACAAGGUAAUAUCUCGGAAUCAAUGAGCGGCAUGGUAAGUCUGGUGGUUCUCGAUCUAUCCCAUAACAACCUCUCGGGCAUAAUCCCAAAGUCCUUGGAUAAACUCCAGCAGCUAAAGUCCUUUAAUGUCUCUUCCAAUGGUUUGGACGGUGAGAUUCCAUCUGACGGCCCUUUUAAGAACUUCACAUUCGAAUCCUUCAUGUUCAACAAAGGGUUGUGUGGUGUUCCAAGAUACCACGUCCAACCGUGCCAAACUCGUAAAGUCGGCGGGAAAAAUAGAAGACUCCUAAUCUUGCUGGUCUCUUUGGGGACCUCAUCGGUAGUUCUUCUGGUUGUGAUAUUGACAUGUAUUUGGUUAGCAAGGUACCGGAAGAAAGAUGAGAUCCGGCUUCUGGCGGGUACACAAUUCUGGUCUAAAGGGACACGGUCGAGAAUUUCUUACAACGAGCUCCUUGAGGCCACUAACGGAUACAGUGAGAGCAAUUUUCUUGGCAGUGGUGGUUUCGGCGCAGUCUACAAAGGUACUCUCGAGAAUGGGAAGGUUGUGGCCGUAAAGGUCUUCAACUUGGAGCUUGAAGGUGCUUUCAAGAGUUUUGAAGUCGAGUGCGAGGUUUUGAGAAACCUUCGUCAUAGAAAUCUCUGUAAGGUCAUUGAUUGUUGCUCGAGUCAAGACUUCAAGGCCUUGAUGCUUGAGUACAAGCCUCGUGGAAGCCUGGACAAGUGGCUGUAUUCGCACAACAACUUAUUGACCAUUAACCAAAGAAUUGAAAUCAUGAUAGAUGUUGCGUGCGCUCUCGAGUAUCUCCAUCACGGCUACUCGGUGCCAGUGAUUCACUGCGACCUGAAGCCGAGCAAUAUACUGCUCGACAAGAACAUGACGGCCUGCUUGUGCGAUUUCGGUAUCGCCAAGCUUUUGGGUGAAGGGGAAAGCGUCGUGCAGACCAUGACACUAGCAACGCUGAGUUAUAUCGCGCCAGAGUAUGGGACAGGAGGGUUUGUGUCAGUGAGAUGUGAUGUUUAUAGUUAUGGUAUAGUUCUGAUGGAAGUGUUCACAAGAAAGAGACCUAAUGAUGAGAUGUUCACUGAAAAUUUGAACUUGAGGACUUUCGUGAAGGAAUACAUGCCGAAUGGGGUCCUUGAUAUUAUUGAUCCAAACUUAUUGAGCCCAGGUGACGAUGGCACGACCAAGAAGGUAGAAUGUUUGUCCUCGAUAUUGGAGUUGGGAUUAAACUGCUCUUUGGAAUCUCCUCAGGAGAGGAUGAGCAUCAAAGAUGUUGUUGUGGCAUUGAAGAGGAUAAAGCUUCAGCUCCUUGGUGACUGA